AUGGCAAAAGUUAUUAGUAAAAAUAUAACUAGUACAUAUGCUAAAUUAGAGAAAUUAGCAUUGUUGGCAAAAAAAAAGUCAUUAUUUGAUGAUAGACCAGUAGAGAUACAUGAGUUAACUUAUAUAAUAAAAGGUGAUUUAAACUCCCUAAAUCAACAAAUUGCCAGAUUAGGGGAAAUGCCUAAAGGUCGUCGCAGUAUGCAUAGUCAUUCCUCGAGUGUGGUACUUGCUUUGCAGUCAAGACUUGCUUCAAUGAGCAACCAGUUUAAACAGGUUCUUGAAGUGCGAUCGGAAAAUUUAAAACAUCAAAAUAACAGAAGGGAACAAUUUUCGAGUGUGGCGCCAAUUAUUAAGGAAAUACCAUCAUUGCUGCAACCUGAUGAAGUUAGCAUAGAUUUAGGAGGAGAAGUUUCCAAUUUACAAACUCAGCAGUUAGCAUUGAGAGAUGAUACAGAUUCUUAUGUGCAACAAAGAGCAGAAACUAUGCAUAAUAUUGAGAGUACUAUUGUUGAAUUAGGAGGUAUUUUCCAGCAACUAGCUCAUAUGGUAAAGGAGCAAGAUGAAGCCAUAGGAAGAAUUGAUGCCAACAUCCAAGAAGCUGAAAUGAAUGUUGAAGCAGUA